GUUGCUGGUCAAGUUUCCAGAGCUGAACUAUCAGCUGAAGAUCAAAGUUUGCAUUGACAAGGACUCCGGGGAUGUUGCAGCACUUCGGGGGUCCCGGAAGUUCAACAUCCUGGGGACAAACACCAAAGUCAUGAACAUGGAGGAGUCCAACAACGGCAGCCUCUCAGCAGAGUUCAAGCACCUGACCCUGCGGGAGCAGCGGUGCGGUAACGGAGGCAGAGCCAACUGCGACGCCUCGCUGAUAGUCACCGAGGAGCUGCACCUCAUCACCUUCGAGACAGAGGUGUACCACCAGGGGCUGAAGAUCGACCUGGAGACCCACUCGCUGCCCGUGGUGGUCAUCUCCAACAUCUGCCAGAUGCCCAACGCCUGGGCGUCCAUCCUGUGGUACAACAUGCUGACCAACAACCCCAAGAACGUGAACUUCUUCACCAAGCCCCCCAUCGGGACAUGGGACCAGGUUGCGGAGGUGCUGAGCUGGCAGUUCUCCUCCACCACCAAGCGCGGGCUCAGCAUCGAGCAGCUGACCACGCUGGCAGAGAAGCUCCUAGGGCCGGGCGUGAAUUAUUCCGGCUGCCAGAUCACCUGGGCCAAGUUCUGCAAGGAGAACAUGGCUGGAAAAGGCUUCUCCUUCUGGGUCUGGCUGGACAACAUCAUCGACUUGGUGAAGAAAUACAUCCUGGCGCUGUGGAACGAAGGGUACAUCAUGGGGUUCAUCAGCAAGGAGCGGGAGCGAGCCAUCCUCAGCACCAAGCCCCCAGGCACCUUCCUGCUGCGCUUCAGCGAGAGCAGCAAGGAGGGCGGCAUCACCUUCACCUGGGUGGAGAAGGACAUCAGUGGGAAGACCCAGAUCCAGUCCGUGGAGCCUUACACCAAGCAGCAGCUGAACAACAUGUCCUUCGCGGAGAUCAUCAUGGGCUACAAAAUCAUGGAUGCCACCAACAUCCUGGUGUCCCCCCUGGUGUACCUGUACCCCGACAUCCCCAAGGAGGAGGCGUUUGGGAAGUACUGCCGCUCCGAGAGCCAGGAGCACUCCGAGGCCACCGACUCAGGUAGCGCUGCUCCCUAUCUGAAGACCAAGUUCAUCUGUGUCACCCCCACCUCCUUCAGCAACACCAUCGACCUGCCCAUGUCCCCGCGCACCCUGGACUCGCUCAUGCAGUUUGGCAACAGCAGCGAGGGCGCGGAGGCCAACGCAGGAGGGCAGUUUGAGUCGCUGACCUUCGACAUGGAGCUGACCCCGGAGUGUGCGUCUUCACCCAUGUGA